AUGGUUCUGGCCGCUCGUUGUGGGCAGGCAGCUUCUUUGCUGCGCCAGCGAUGUCUCAUUGAGGCUCGCCCGGCUCUCUCUCUUCGCGCCUUUUCCUCCCAAUCCUCUGUCCGUUCCACCGCUGCUGCUCUGCGCUCGCAGAAGAACCCCUCUGUAGCUCGCUCCCAGCAGCUUCGCAAUCUCUCCACCUCUAUUCGCCGUUUGGCUGAGGCACAGCAGACCCCUUCUGCUGAGUCUUAUCUAGCCAGCGGUGCCAUCAAGUCCAGCAGCAACCUCGUCGAUGUGAAGAAGGUGUUAGUCAUUGGUAGCGGUGGUCUGAGUAUUGGUCAGGCUGGAGAGUUUGAUUAUUCCGGCUCCCAGGCUCUGAAGGCUCUUAAGGAAGCCGGCAUUCACUCCGUUCUAAUCAACCCCAACAUUGCGACUAUCCAGACCGAUCACAAGCUCGCUGAUGAAGUGUACUACCUUCCUGUGACCCCCGAAUAUGUUACUCACGUCAUUGAGCGUGAGCGUCCCGAUGGUAUUUUCCUUACCUUUGGUGGUCAGACCGCUCUGAAUCUAGGCGUUCAAAUGAACCGCAUGGGUAUUUUCGAGCGCUACGGCGUCAAGGUCCUGGGAACCAGCAUCAAAACCCUGGAGACCUCCGAGGACCGCGAUCUCUUCGCCCAGGCUCUGAACGAGAUUAACAUUCCUAUUGCCGAGUCUAUUGCCGUGAACACUGUCGACGAUGCCUUGAAGGCCGCCGAGUCUGUUGGCUACCCCAUCAUCGUUCGGUCCGCCUACGCUCUGGGUGGUCUGGGCUCUGGUUUCGCGAACAACGAGGAUGAGCUCCGUGAUCUUUCUUCCCGCUCUCUGUCUCUGGCUCCCCAGAUUCUUGUGGAGAAGUCCCUUAAGGGCUGGAAGGAGGUUGAGUACGAGGUUGUCCGUGAUGCCGCUAACAACUGUAUCACCGUCUGCAACAUGGAGAACUUCGACCCCCUCGGUGUUCACACCGGUGACAGUAUCGUCGUUGCUCCUAGUCAGACCCUUUCUGAUGAGGAGUACCACAUGCUCCGUACCGCCGCUAUCAAGAUUAUCCGUCACUUGGGCGUCGUUGGCGAGUGCAACGUUCAGUAUGCUUUGCAGCCCGAUGGUCUUGACUACCGUGUGAUUGAGGUCAACGCCCGUCUUUCUCGUUCAUCUGCUCUGGCUUCAAAGGCCACUGGUUACCCUCUUGCCUACACUGCCGCUAAGAUUGGUCUGGGUCACACCCUGCCCGAGCUUCCCAACGCCGUCACCAAAACCACCACCGCCAACUUUGAGCCCAGUCUGGACUACAUUGUCACCAAGAUCCCCCGCUGGGAUUUGAGCAAGUUCCAGCACGUGAACCGCGACAUUGGCAGUGCCAUGAAGUCUGUCGGUGAGGUUAUGGCUAUUGGUCGUACCUGGGAGGAGUCACUGCAGAAGGCUAUCCGCCAGGUCGACCCCAAGUACAUUGGUCUCCAGGGUGACCACUUUGAAGAUCUCGAUGAUGUCCUGCGCAACCCUACUGACCGCCGCUGGUUGGCUGUUGGUCAAGCUAUGCUUCACGAAGGUUACUCCGUUGACAAGGUCCACGAGCUGUCCAAGAUCGACAAGUGGUUCCUCUACAAGAUCCAGAACAUCGUUGACUGCAACAACGAGCUAAAGGAUAUUGGCAGCCUUUUCGGCAUCAAGAAGGAGAUGAUGCUGACUUCCAAGAAGCUCGGUUUCUCUGACAAGCAGAUUGCUCUCCUUGUCGGCUCUACUGAGGACGAGGUCCGCGCUCGCCGCAAGUCCUUCGGUAUCACUCCAUGGGUCAAGAGAAUUGAUACCCUUGCAGCUGAAUUCCCCUGCUCUACUUCUUACUUCUACACCACAUACAAUGCCUCUGAACACGAUGUCACCUUUGACGAUCACGGUGUCGUCGUUCUUGGCUCUGGUGUUUACCGUAUUGGCUCAUCUGUUGAGUUCGAUUGGUGCGCCGUCAAUGCCACCGUUUCCCUGCGCAACAUGGGCAAGAAGACUGUCAUGAUCAACUUCAACCCUGAAACUUUUUCGACUGACUUCGACUCUGCCGACCGUCUUUACUUCGAAGAGCUGAGUUACGAGCGUGUUAUGGAUAUCUACGAGCUCGAGAGUGCUAGCGGAGUUGUGGUGUCUGUGGGCGGUCAGCUGCCCCAGAACAUCGCUCUCAGGCUGCAGGAGACUGGCGGUGCUCACGUUCUGGGCACUGACCCUCUGGACAUUGACAAGGCUGAGGACCGUCACAAGUUCUCCCAGAUUCUGGAUAGCAUUGGUGUCGACCAGCCUGCCUGGAAGGAGUUGACCUCUGUCGCCGAGGCCGAGAAAUUCGCUGACUCAGUCGGUUACCCGGUCUUGGUCCGUCCGUCUUAUGUGCUGUCUGGUGCCGCCAUGAGCGUCAUCUACGGUAUCGAUGAGCUCAAGGAGAAGCUCGUCAACGCCAGUGCGGUCUCCCCUGACCACCCUGUCGUGAUCACCAAGUUCAUCGAAGGUGCUGAGGAGAUCGAUGUUGACGCUGUCGCUUCCGGCGGUAAGCUCCUGAUCCACGCGGUCAGUGAGCACGUCGAACAGGCCGGUGUUCACUCUGGUGACGCCACUCUGGUUCUUCCCCCUGUCAACCUUGACGAUUCCGUUAUGGCCCGUGUCAAGGUGAUUGCCGAAAAGGUUGCCAAUGCCUGGAACAUCACUGGUCCCUUCAACAUGCAGAUCAUCAAGGCUGACCAGGAGGGCGCUGAGCCUGCACUGAAGGUCAUUGAGUGCAAUCUGCGUGCCUCUCGUUCAUUCCCCUUCGUCAGCAAGGUCCUGGGUAAGAACUUCGUCGACAUUGCCACCAAGGCUCUUCUCGGUCGUGACGUCCCCGAGCCCGUUGACUUGAUGAAGGAGGAGCGCGACUACGUUGCUACCAAGGUUCCCCAGUUCAGCUGGACCCGUCUUGCCGGUGCUGAUCCCUUCCUGGGCGUCGAAAUGUCCUCCACUGGUGAAAUUGCCUGCUUCGGCAAGGACCUCGUCGACGCCUACUGGGCCUCCCUCCAGUCCACCAUGAACUUCCGCAUGCCUGAGGCCGGCGAAGGUAUCCUCCUCGGUGGUGACAUUUCUCAACCCUACCUGACCACCAUCGUCGACUACUUGCAGCCUCUCGGCUACAAGUUCUUCGCCGCCAACCCCACAGUCAAGGCUCAUCUCGAGUCUAGCUGCAAGGAUAACGUCACCGUGCAGGUGAUUGAGUUCCCCAAGACUGACAAGCGUGCCCUCCGUGAAGUUUUCCAGAAGUAUGACAUCCGUGGAGUCUUCAACUUGGCCAAGGCCCGCGCGAAGACCCAGCUGGAUGAGGACUAUGUUAUGCGCCGUAACGCCGUCGACUUCAGCGUCCCUCUGUUCAUGGAGCCUAAGACUGCUCAACUCUUCGCUCAGUGCAUGAGCGAGAAGAUGCCCCGUGUUGAAGGUAUUCCUUCCGAAGUCCGCAGCUGGUCGAACUUUGUCGGUGGCAAGCACCUGUAA